AUGGCACAAGGCGGCGUCAAAUCCGCCUCGCGGCCCGCGCCGACGGGCAAACCCAAACACAAGCAACUCAAGAACGCCUCCCGCGUAGCCAAGCCCCAAAAGGCGAAAGCGCACUCCUCAGCGGACAAGAUGCAGAAAAAGAUGGCCGCGGGUCUGACGUCGCGGACGGAGAAGCUUCUGGGCGAGCGGGCGGGUCAUCUGGAGCUCAUCGGCAAGGGGAAGAAGGCGAAGAAGGAGGAGAAGAAGGGCAAGGGGGGGUUGCAGGCGACUAAGGGGGGUAGCCGGAAGUAUGGUUAA